GGGCGGAGAUUAGGACCCAGUGAUCCCUACGGUAUCUUUAGUAAAUACAAGUUGGUUACAAAACAGCCAAGUGGACAGACUACAGAUAGGUUAUAAUUAUUGAUAUUACUCGAGAGAGGAGUUUGUAGUAAAACUUCAAGGAAGACAAUAUGGACAGGACGGUCAGCCUGCCUAACCAGCCCGAGAAAACCACAACAGUGACUCUGGUUGAGAGCAGUAGUGCUCCCAGUGGACUGGAACUGGUUAGUUCUUACCAGACCAACAGAGUUGGAGACCCCAUGAAUCUGGUUGCCCUUGCAGAGCAAGUCCAGAAGGGAGAUGAGUUUGUAAAAGCCAACGCCUGCAACAAACUGACAGUCAUUGCAGACCAGAUCAGAUACCUUCAGGAGCAGGCCAGGAAGGCUUUGGAAGAAGCCAAAAGAGACUCUGAGCUGCACCACGCUGCCUGUAACAUUGUGAAAAAGCCAGGCAACAUCUACUACCUCUAUCAGAGACCAUCGGGACAGAAAUACUUCUCCAUCAUAUCUCCUAAGGAAUGGGGUCCAAGCUCCCCUCACCCAUUUCUUGGUACAUUCAAACUUCAACACGACAUGUCGUGGACCCCCUUCGACGAGGUGGAGAAGAGAGACGCGGAGCUCGCCAUCAUGGACAAACUCGUCAGCCAGCAGACAGCCUUACCUACGUACACAGGACCCAACUUCAAAGGCCUCACUGAAUAAAGAACAGACUGCUCCAACUAGUACACGCUGGGCUUUUUAAGGACAUGAGCCAGAUGCUAACGCUAGUCUUAAACGAUUUCAGAACUGCUUGUGUCAGUCACAAAAGCCUCACCGACUUUUUUAUGUUGCCUUAAGGACACAACUUGUUUAGUUUAUGUUUGUACACACACACAAAUCUCUGAUCGACUGUGUCUGGACACUUUUACUGUAUAAGAACGUUUAUUAGACCUGAUGUAGCAGAAUAUUCCACCAACAUUCAGCUCGAGGAUCAGAUAUAAAGCUGCAUCACAGAGCUUAUCCAAAAACACAAGAAGCUGACAUCCAGCUUUUUCUCACCAAAAGGAAUUGUACUUAUGUGUCUCAUGUUAGCACAACAUCAGUCUGCAAUUUAUCAGCAGAAUUCCAAGUUAGCAUAGAGUUUAAGAAAAAAACUGAACCACUCCUAAAGGUUUAGCUUUUUAGCACCAUUAGUGGUGAAACAAGGCACCUUAUCCAGCUAUAUUCUUGAAGCCUGGGCUCUUGAUUAAAGCCCAACUGUAUGACAACAUUGACAUAUGGUGAUUAAAAAAAAUCCAAUAUUUUUCUUUCAUGAACACAAGAGAUUUGCCAAACAUGUGCUAUGUGUAGUUAUUUAUGAGUGAGGACUAGGAUAAUGUGACAACUUAUAUGGUCUGACUGCAUGAGUCAGCUGGUUGUCGUCCCUGUGGCAUUUCAAACAUGCGCUGCUAUCAGUGCCCUCUAGUGGACAAACUACAAUGUCAACACUUGUGGUUGAAGCAUGUUUCUCCUGUGUCUUUAUUUUUUUCUAACUUUUCAGCCAAAAAAGAGAACACCACUACCAAUAUUUAGACAAAUGUCUAAUACAUGGCAGGGA